AUUGUAAACGAAAAUAAUACCUACGUCACGUCAUCUGUCUGGGUGUCAUGUGUUGUAAGCAACUUGGAUAUUAUGAUUUUUCAUGCUUUUAACAGCAUUUUUGUGUAGUGUUUAGUUAUAUUACAAAAGAAAUAAAUGGCACCAGAAAGAGCUGUAACUCCUCAGGACGAGAGUAGGUUAUCCCCAAAGAUGUCAGUUCCUGCGAGUCCAAUUGCUGGAACUCCUAUAAGAGACGCACAGUCUCCAAUCUCUAUGUUACUAGCGGUCGCUCAAAGCCAAAGUAGGGCCGACGACGACCUUACUAAUUUGAAUUGGUUGCACGAACGAGACAUUUUAAAGGGUAUGAACAUAAAUCCUUCUCCAUCAAAUAGUACCAACACGACACCAAUGAAAGUGUCCAAACAUGAAGUUGUAAUCGAUCAUUCGACACCAACCAAUUGCACUGACGAAUCACUGGAAUCUUCCGAUAGCCACGGCUAUAGCAAUACUUCUAAUCCGACUCAAAUUACAGCGCCACCGAGAAAUAAACAUCCUCACAAUGUUCCUUAUGACCCAACGAUACAUACUGCGAAUAAACCACCCUAUUCGUUUUCUUGCUUAAUUUUUAUGGCUAUAGAAGAUUCUGUACAGAAGGCCUUACCCGUAAAGGAAAUUUACGCCUGGAUAUUGGAGCAUUUUCCAUAUUUUAAGAAUGCACCUACUGGAUGGAAGAAUAGCGUGAGGCAUAAUUUGUCGCUCAACAAAUGUUUUCAAAAAGUGGAAAAAGCUGCUAAUCUAGGCAAAGGCUCCCUUUGGACUGUUGAUCCUCAGUAUAAGCCCAAUUUAAUCCAAGCAUUAAACCGGUCACCUUUUCACCCUAUAUCAACUAUGGAUUCAACAUACCAAGUAGACAAACCUGCAGUAAACAACAAACCCUCAGUUUACAGAUUACCUAAUCCAGAAUUGUUUCCGUACUUAGCUAGAAAAUUAGCAUCAACCGAAAUGAAUAAUCACAUCUUCCACAACCAUGGGAACUAUAGCAGUGGGGCCAGAAUUAAAAUAGAAGAUUCAUUAGAUGCAGUAGAUGCCGCAGCGGCUAUGUUGAGUUUGAAAAAUAGCCAACCGAAGAAUUGUGAUAUGAAAGUAGAUUUAAUGCAAGUCAUCACGAAUUCUCCCAGUCAGGAUCAUACCUAUAGUGCUGCUGAUAGUGAAGAAAGUGUUGUUGACGAUGACAGAAUACUGAAAACCCAUACCUGUAGGAAAAUAGAAUUUGAAGAUGACGAAGAUAGAAGGAUCAAAGAAGGUGCAGAAACAUUAUUAAACCUCGCUGGUAUAACAUUGAAAAAACGACAUAAUUCCAGUAGUGAUACUGAAGAAAAUAAUAAAAAAAUGCGACCUUAUUUACGUUACGAUAUCAAUAAAAAUGAACCAGAAGAGAAAGUUGCUCAUUUCAGACCACGAUUAUUAAGAUCUAAGAAAAAAUCUACCAACAGAAAUAGAGCAAUAGACGAAUGGGGAAAUAAUAGAAUAAACAUAGAAAACAAUCAGAACAGGUAAUUGAUAGUAAUAAGUAGAGGAAAUUAAAUAUUACCUAGAUAGGCUGGACGAGAUUUUAAAAAUAGCCGAUGAAAAAGGUAAAGAUCAAUUGUUAAAAUUUGACGAUAAAAGCUGCCAAGUAAAUCAUUUAAUUUUUCUGAAAUGUGAAAUAACAAUGUUUUAAAAAUUUGUUAGAAUCUUGGAAAUAUUGGAAUUAAUUUGAGUGAAAAAUUACUAUAUGAAAGUGGACUUGAUACUUGAUAAAUAUAUAAUUUAUUUUUUAACUUUACUAUUAUAGGAUGUACAGAUUUUACAAAAUGAAGUUUGGAAAAAAAUUUGAAAAACAAUGAAAGUGUCUAUUCUAAUACCACAUAUUUUUCCCUUUUGCUUAUUUAUUAUCAUUCUUCAAAUCUCAUUUCUGAUUAAUUUCGGUCUAUUUCAAUGAGUCUUAAGAGAUAGGUCAAAGCAGAUUUAAUCAAGUUUGUAAGUGACUAUCUAUAACAUUCAAAAAAGUGUCUAAGCUCCACAUAUGUUAGCUGACUUCCAUUUUAUGCAUUUCAAUCUCUUCAAUAUAAUUUAUGCAAUUCUUUCAAAAUGAGGUUAGUGAACGAAAGGUAAUAUCUCUGGUUCUCAUAUGUCAACAAUGUAACUGUGAACACUAAAACGACCUCUUUCAAUGUGGCCAUUAUAUCAAUACCAUACCUAGUGAUCCGCCACUAUAAGUAUACGUUGUUUGUAUAAAAUAUUUCAUUUGAUGACUGGUGACCUACCUAAUCUAAAUGAUCUGUAGCAAAUUAUUAUCAUAUUCUUCGAUUGUACCACAUGGAAUCAUCGUGUCACUUGCUCUUGUGAGAAGCCUGCUCCAAUUAACCAUUUCUGGUUGCACUGCAGCAAAAAGUGUUAUUAAGGCCUUAUCAUUUACUAUUUUAGGUGCGAAUAUUGGGUGUCCAAGAAAAUUAAGCAAGAGCUAAAGAACUCAAUUCACAACUUUGUAAAAAAGCUCUUUGUUAAGCAAAAAUGUAUAUAAAUAAAGUUGUUUCAAUACUACUGACGACGAAUGUCAAACUACUAAUAACACAGUAUCUGUGUACAAGCUGUCUUAAAUACAAAAGCUAUAAUUAAUUAUAGAAAUGGAUAUUUAUGGUCGUUAAGAGACCCAUCAAUAUGAAAUAAAAGUAAUUUUAUACGUUUAUGGAAAUUCAAGUGUCUAAAGGACACCUGGAAGCACUUAACUAUGAGGUUGGUGCCCAUAAGGAGUGUUCAGUGUUCAACUUGCCUUAAGUAAUAAAUCUUGACAUAUAAAAUAAUAAGUAGAAAUAUUCGGUAGACAAGGGAAAUUUGCGGUUCUUCACAUUCACAUUAAUAUAAAACAAAAAUUAGGGAAACCCAGACGAUACGUUAAUGGAGGGACACUUUUUAUCACUUAACUGUUAACAGAUCAGAAAUGGUGAGAUACCUUAGAGUAAAAAGUGUUUGUUAUAUCAGAUACAAAAAUCCUUGGCAGGUAAUUAAAGCAUUUGUCUCCAUCUACAUCUGUAUCGUUUUUAAAAAUCUUGUCUAGACUAAAAUUACCAAUUAAAAGAUAAAUCUAUAUUGUAUUUGUUGGAAGUAAAUGUAAUAUAUUUUAUGUUUUGUUUACCUAUCAAAAUAUGUAAAUACGUUUAGGGAUUGUUUUUAAGCUUUAAAAGGGUUUUGUAAUUAAAACUUUAUAGGUUUAAUUCAGUUUACAGUUGUAGUUGGUAAUUAAAAGAAAGCGAAUGACAAAAACAUAUCAUUUUGUAUUAUGUCUAGUUUGGACGUUGACAAAAGGAUUAUGCACAAUACCAAACCAACAUUUAUAGAUCCCCUUCAUUAUUGAAUUAAUAAAUCCUAUAUGUCUUCCAAUCAAUCUAAAUAUUUCUUCAUUUCAUAUUCAACAUUCAUCGUAGCAUCUCCCUUUGCACUCCAGACUAUAAAGCAAUAGUAGGAACCACUAACUCCAAAGCUUUAUUAGUAGAAAGUGCAUGCAUCAAUUAAUAAUAAUUAAACAAACCAAUUUAUUGUUAAAUAUAUUGGAAUAAAGCAUAGUGUGGUUAUAUUUAAGCCUAAAAGAACAAAGAAUUAUCGCAAAAUUUCUCGUCUUGCUCUCGCCUGAUGGAAUAAACUAUGCAAUCCCUUACGUAAGAUGUGAAGUCUUUUGUCAAGCCUAACUUCUUGAUUUGAGGUGAAUUUGAUUAACCUUCUCGGAAUUCCCCUACGAGUUGAUCGACUAAGCGCUUGACAAACUUCUUUUUUAUGCAUUUAUAUAAAAGAUAUUAAUUGAUACAGGAAAUCUCCGUGACCCAAAAAACAUUUUCCUCCACCAUUUGAGGGAUUUUCUAAGAAAACAAUAGGUUGAUGCAUACUGUUAACAACUACUUUAGAUUUUUAAACAUUUUGUUGCUCAUCAUCUUUUAAAAAUCUUGAUUUUGUAAUGAAUCCAGUACUAUCACUGGUGCUUAACAACUUCACGACUCUUUUAUCCUUCCAGGACAAUAUCAUUGCUCUUUCUUUUUUGUAAGCAAUCGAUUUAUUUACAUCAAAUCUUGGUUUUUUUAUUGAGUCAGGUAUGCCCUUGCAGUUAAUAUUUGUAGUACCUGUUAUGUGGCAUUUCAUUUUUAGCAAUACUUCCGCCAGUAAAAUGCUAGUGUAGUACCUGUCUGCAUACAUGUGAUAUCCUUCAGCACCUGGUACGUUGUUCAAUAGAUUAUUAUACAGAUGCACAGUAAUUCUGGUACUGGCAAUUCCGGUUUUAUUAGUUUAUUUGUUGUAAUACUGCCAUAAUAUUGAAGGAUGUUAUAAACAUAUCCAGUUUCUUAAUCUACUAAAAUGUUUAUUAGUAUUCAUCAUUCAGAUGGCUUAUUGGGAUUGUAUGUUAUGAAACUAAUUUUGUCUUUGAAUUUGACAAUAGAUUCAUUGACACAUAUUUUACCUUGGUCUAACAUAUUCUGCAAAUUUUGCAUUUAGAUAUUCUAAAAAAUUACUGACCCGUUGAUUCUUAGUUCUUAUAUCUCUACAGUUUUCAAAUACGGUAUCCAGAACAAUUGAUGGAAUCUUUUUGUAGUGAAAACAUUUGAAAAGAAAUGUAUUUUUGUAUUGUCACUUAUUGAUCAGUAAUCUUGGUAAAACGUUUGUACCCAUAUCCAAGAUUACUUCGAUAAAGGCCCAAAAUUUCUUUGUGUUAGUGUCACGCUAUGAAUGCCAUAUUGAAUUUGGACUAAGAGUUUUUGUUCGUAAUUUGUUGGUGGCGUAUAUAUCCGUCUCUGAUACAGUUUGAAAAAUUCUGCAGGUUCAUCAAUAUUGAAUAUUUCUUCUCGUUGAAAAGUUUAUUCUUGGCAAGGGAAUAUCACUUUCCGUAAUAUAACUCCAUGUAUUAGUGUCUACCGGUGGUGCAUCUUCUUCCUGCGAAUUCAAUUCAAUAUUUUGAAUUCUUCUUUUUUGUCUCACAUUACAACGUCAUUAUCUGUCUCAAAGUCAUCACCUAGUAAUAUUUCACUCGAAUCAUCUCCAUGCAACACAAAAUCUAGUUCAUCUUCCACAUCACUUAUUUCACAACUAUCGUCAAAAUUUUAGACUUCCAUCUUCACUACACCACCAAACGUAAUAAAAUAAAACACUUACCAUCGUAAAACCAUAAGAUUACACACAUUGGAAUGCAAACGAAAACGCUUUUGAUUAUCUAAGACUUAAGAGCGCUGAGUGAGUUAAAUAAGAGUGUGGCAAAUGCGACGACAACGGAGUGCAAGGGUUAAUAUUAAUGUUUCUCUACCAGUACGAUAUUACACAUUGUAUCGUCGAAAAUGAUAUUUUUUUCAUUAAUUUCUGUUUUACAUUUUUCACUAAACUCAUUUUUUAUCCAGUUACCGGGUUUUCAAAUUAUAUGUAUUGAAAUGAAAUGUUAUUCUCGAAAAAAAUUUUGUAUUAAUUUAUAUUCUUGGAAUGCAUAUUAUUUGCUUUUAUUUGAACUUAUUUGUUCUUUGACAUGGAUGUAUGUGUACCUUAAAAUUUACAGUUAAAAAAAGAAUUAUGGGAUUUAUAAAUAUUGUUCUUAUGUUUUUGUUGUCCAAAUGUUAUAAUAAUAGGUAGUAUUGAAAUAUAAAGAACACACAAGGUUGUAAUUAUGGUUUCUUAUUUAUUUAUUUAGCUAAUUUAUUAUAUGUUUUUUCACUAUUCUGUUAAGUACCUGCUUCUAACCCAUUUCCAUAUAUAAGAAGUAGGGUGGACCAAAAAAAAGUUUUAAUUUUUUUUUGGCUUCUACGAAAAUAUCGUUUGAAAUGACGAAAAAAUUCUGGUAAAGUUUGAACUCUUGAUAUCAAUAUAUAGAGGUGCCGAAUUGUGAUGUUUAAUUUCCCAUUUAAUUUUUUUUUUGAAUUUCAAUGUAUUUCAACGAAUUAUUGUGUAGUAAAUUGAAAUAGAUCGUCGGGUUACUGCCAGAACAAGGUAACUUCAUAAUUUGAAAUUUUGAGAAAUCGUCGCUUAAAAUUUAAAUUGAAAUGAAAAAUCGUCACAGCUUCAAAAUGAUUUAUUAAUUGAAAGGUAACAAAACAAUAGAAACAAUACUUAUAAAAAUUCCUAAACAUAAAAACAAUUUAAUUUUUUCAGUAAAACAAAAAGUUUAUAGCACUUCUCUUCUUUUGACAGAACAAAAUUAUUACUUUGAACAUCACUAUCCUGAACAUCGGGUUCAGGAAUACCAUCUUCCAUGUUCUUAGACGUUGGUAACGACUUAUAAUACUGGUGAAAUUCAUCUGGAAUGAUCCUUGAUUUGCAGAGCUUCAGUAAAUCCUGCUUCUUCUGAAUACUGAUAGGUCGAGGUUUAUAGUUUGCAUUUUUUAAGUUGAUCUCGGUGAGGUUAAUGGGGCGGCCUUUACCAAGAACGUUUAUCUCUUUAUAAUCGGAUUUAUGAUCAUACCUGUAUAAAAUAAUACCUAGUUUGGCUUUCAAAUAUUUCAGGCAUUUUAUUUUCAGCCAGCUGACUUUUUCCCCAUUAGUGUUUUUGGUUUUAUUUCUCAUUAUUAGUUUUGAAAGUUCUUCCAAAUCGAAGAAGUCCUUAUACUUAAGCUCUUCUAUGGUAAACGGCUUUUUAUUUGACCUAGACGUCCUUGCUCUACGGAAAAUAUUUAGCCAGUGUAAACUGGGACAUAUUUUUUGCCUUUUCGAUAGCGCUAUGCAUGCUAUCUACCUCCAUAUAGCUGUGUCCACUCUCUAGGAAUUUCUGUUCUAUCACAGAUAAGUUGGGAUUUCUUUGAACCAAAUACAACAACAAGGCACUAAUAUUUUGAUUACGGUUCUGUCCGCUGCAGGUAUCAGAGAACAGAGAGAGAUCUGUUACAGCCGAAGGGACUUUACCUACAAACCUCAAGAGACACGUACCAAUUUCAAGGCUUCCCCUUUUUCCAUUUAGUUCAGUCCGUGAGAAGCAAUAUGCAUUAUUGGGUAUGGAUAAUUCAUACACUGCUAAAUUGUAUAUGCAAAUUUUGCGGCUGCAGUACAUUGGAUUAACAUUACUACUUGGAAUCUGCAGUACGCAUUGAAGGUCAAAAGUGCAGCAGACGAAGUUAACUUCUCGAUGGGCUCUCUCUUUAUCUUCCAAUUUGGUUCUGUAGCAAUCGUUUUACCGCACAAUGUGACUCUCGUAAUUUUCUUUAAGUUAUUCUUUUUUUUCUAAAUCAGCUGUCUCAUAUUGUGUACAAGUCUGACAUUGCUCUUUUUUGGGAGUAAAAAAAGAUUGUAAUUCUUGCAGAAUCUCCUUAUACAUCUACACAUCUCCUUAAACAACUUAUGCAUUUUUGCAAUACUUAACUUGCUGUCAAGAUAUUGCCUCUUCGUACAUUUCCGCUUGUAGUGAGAUUCCAUCACAGGAAAGCUUUAGAUAUGAUUUUUCGCCAUCUCUAUAUCAGAAUCCUUUGUUUUAUUGUAGGGUGCCUUUGUACCUCUUUGAUCAUUGCUGGCAAACAAGCCUCCUUCACCUUUAAAUUUGAAGGCAUGUUCAACGACUUCUUUGCAUUUACAAUGAGUUUUUAAUAUUGUCAUAUUCAAGAAAGUAGCGUUUAGAAUCCAGUCGCGGCUUCUUAGUACUUCCUGGAGUUGAUCUUCUUCGUUCAGGUGCAUGGCUCUCAACCCUGCUUAGGAUGAAAUCCUUUCGCCGAUUAAAAUCGGUUGACCAAUAGUUGUCACAUAUCAUAUUUCUUGCAACUUGAUUUAACUUAUCUGUGCAUUUGAAGAGACAAAACAGUCAAUGAGUUUAGGAGCCUAAUUUCUAUCUAAUUUUUAGCGUUUUUUUCAUUUUCUUCUACGUUUCUCUGAAGAACUGUCUGAUCCUGACACAUAAUCUUUGUCUUUUAUCGAGCAAUCGGAAUCGUCUAAAAUUGCUGCCAAUUCAUUACGUACACGUUCUGGUUCGGGCUCUAGAUUGGAUAAUGCUGUUUCCUCUAUAUUAGUAGAGCAUUCUUUCGAAGUACUGGGCUUAUUAUGUGAGUUAUUUACCGUCACUUUGUCUUCUAACAUACGAAAUAAAUAACAAUAUUGGAUGUAAACAUCUCAUUUAAUAAUAAUUAUACUUACCAUUAUUAGCUUCAAACACCAUUUUCAACAUACGAGAACUACGUGAAGACAUUUUUAAAUUAAUAUAAGUACUAAAAAAUCUCAAAUUUAUCAUACUCCGACAAUUAGUGCACGCCACAACUCAAAGUUUUAGGUUAUGUUUAUACAAAAACUUUAGACAAAUCCGAACAGCUGAUACAGAAUCCAGAAACCAGAUAUCUGGCAGAUGUCUUAGUUUCCCAUGAUAAAAAUAUACUUAUAAAUUUUUUUUUACAGCAAAAACAAGCUAACUGACUUUUUUCUUGUUUUGGUAGAAUUAGAAGGUUUCAAAUGAUAAAAUACUUUUCUAAUUUGAGAUCCAACUGUACUUAUCUCGUUUUAGCAGACUAAAAGUUGUAAAAAUGGAGUUGGGUUUUUUGGACUUGUUUUGCCUACCUUAACAGUUUGUUUGUUUGGAGUUGUCAGGUUUUGUCAGUAUGUAUUUCGAACAUUUUUUAAUCCAAUGGAGUACUUAACUCAGAAUUGAGUAAAAGUGGAGUUACCUUGUUUUGGCAAUAACCCGACGGGAUAUUUUUGUAGAAAAUUAAACGACCUACAAACAAGGUUUAAAAUAAUUUUUCGUCAUUUCGGUUAAAAGUUAUUAUUUCACUUAGUGCAUGUAUUUAGUUUUAUUUAAAUUCAUGUGUAGCCCAUACUGCUCUUUGACUCUUCUUACCUUCUCUGUUAAUUCUUUGAAGUUAUUCUAUAUUCUCCGACAAUGUCGUCAGCAUAUCUUUUGUUAUUAACUGGGACUCCAUAUACUCGAAUCGGCACCUCUAAAUAUUGAUAUUAAGAGCUCAAUCUUUACCAGAAUUUUUUUUUUGCCCACCCUAAUCAGAAGGUUAGCAGUUCUCCCUAUGCUUAUCCUAUGUAAUCAUUAAUUAAUUCAGAAAAACUGUUAUUUAUUUUUUUAACAUACAUUUAUUUGUAAUGCCAAAUAAAUUUAAUAGAAAAAUAUACAUAUAUUAACAACAGCUCAAUUGUAAAACUAAAAAAAUUAAAUAUACUUGCUUAUCUGAAUUAACACUAUUUGAAGUUUCUUUUUAUAACUAACUAGAACUGUUAGAAUGUAUCCUUUGCAUGGAAAGAGGAAAUUUGUUUUUCACUUCAAGAAAUAUUUGAUUGAAUAUUUUGCAAAACUUCACACUUUAAACGGUUAUUGUGCUUAAUUAGUCAUUAAAAAAGUUAUAUAAAAUAUUUUUGGAAAAAUCAACCAAAACCAAAUAGAUAUAUAUAUAUAUAUAUAUAUAUAUAUAUAUAUAUAUAUAUAUAUAUAUAUAUAAUUUUCUAUGAAACAUUUGUCCCCAAAUGUUUUAUUCUGUGCUGUGAAUAUCAAAAAUGUAUUAGAAAAGUGUUUCCUGAAAAGGUCUUUUGUGUAAUUAUAUUUUCCCAAUAUGGUGCCAUUUGCCGGAGUCGAGACUUUACGAGAGCGAUUCCAGAAUUAUCCGACUCGACAAAGAAAAAAAAUUUUUAGAAAAAUAUAUGAGAUUCAUUCCUCCUAUUCGUCUUAUAGAUUGUUCUCCAUUUCCAUGUAUAGAUAAUAACAUUUUGAUUUAUAUUUUUUUAUGAAAAAAUAUCUUUUAAUUCUUUCAAUAACUGUUUAACAUGUAAAGGUUUGCAUAUUAUAAGGAACAAAUAUCGGUUUCACUAUUAGUUUUUUGACUACCUCAGCCUAUCUAGACUUCGAGAUGUUUGACAUAGUAACAGUGAGCAUACUUACUUAUUUCUGAGCAAGCUAGUGUUAUUUUCAUUUUGUACUCGACAGAGGUUUAAAAAAAUUGUGAUAAAUCAAUUUUUUUGUGUAAAAACCUUUAAAAAUACACCAAAACGUAUGAAUAGGUUACUUUUUAAGUAUAAGUGGACUAAUGUUUUUUAUAUUGUGACAUAUUUAGUAUUCAGAGUGCUUUCUAAUACAGUAGGAAAUUAAAAUCAAGAGCAGGACUCCUGAUAUGUUAAAUACCAUGCUGCAAAAUUAACCCAUGAUUAUUAAAAUCAUCUUCCAUUUUUUUUUCAAAUUAGUUAUUUAGAAUAAAACCUCUUACGCGCUUUCAAUUUAAUGCCAACCCAAAUUAUAACACUCCAAAAUUACUAUUCCGGUAAUUUCCAUUGGGCUAAUCGUGAUUCAUCAUUAAAUAAAAUAUUGCCUAAUUGACAUUCUCCUCAGCUUCGGUGCUCUUGAACAAACUAAAUAAGCUGCUUUGAUUGUCUGGGAAACCAUUACAGCUCAAAAAGCCAAUCACAGUAUUUUGAAUGCAGUACAGUAUUUGUAACAAAGCAUUUUUUGUGAAAUUUCAAUUAUUUGUUAUCUUGUAGCAACCCUAUCUUGUCUUCUCUGAUUAUUUUCGGUAUUCUUAAAUCAUGCCGGUGAUCAAUACACGGAAAUUUAGGACCAUUUGAUUUCGGGGUUGUUUCUAACAACAAUGUAUAAUGAAAACUAAUUACAGAAAUCAUGAAAUUGAAUUUUUAACAACUCGUUAUAUACCCAAUACUGUGCACAAUACAUUUUUUUCAAAUAUUAAACACAAAAACGGUAUCUCAAGGCAUUGAGAAAGUAUUAUAAUUCAUUGGUGUUAAUUUAAAAGUUUUGUACAGUUAAUUUUUCAAUUCUAAAAAUAUCUGCGUUAGCUUUGCAACACUGUGUAUUUUGACGACAAAGCGUUUCACUCAAAUACUUUAUAUUAUUUUAAUUAAAUUAUUUUACAAUAUAAAAUUAUUCUACCAUUCAUUUUAUUUAAUCGAUAGUAAAAUGCCUUGUUGUCAAAGUUAAUCUUUCCUUAUUAACUGUUAUCGGAAACAUCCUGUAUACAAUUGCUUGUUAUUUCGUGUUUAUUGAUUGGUUAUUAAUUAUUAAUUUAUGUCUUUUUCGUACUAUUUUCUUAAGUUUAUAUUUCAUAAAAUUGGUGUUAAGACAAAACAAGUAUCAAAUUUAAAAUUGACAUUUGGAAUUGAAACAUGCGUUUAUUUUUAUAUGAAACUAGGCUGUAAUUAUCAUACAAAUGGUACAAAACGUUUUUAGUAAGCAGAUAAUUCUGAUGGAGCUUCGAAUACUUAAUUCGACAAAGUAAUUUCAGAGAUUAAAAAUGUUUUUUUUUUCAAAUCAAUAUAUUUGUGUGAGCCUCCUUAUUUUAUUUUAAUUUUCUUAACUUGAUUAUUCCUUUUUCUGUUUAAACAAUUAUUUUAAAUUUUAUUAUGAUUUAUUAUUUAUCCAAUUGACGGAACGUAUACUAUUUGUUAUAAAAAGACUGAUCUUAUAAAUAGUACUGCUUGGUAUUGUAUAUCUUCAUUUCAUUAGAACUUUCUAUUUACUAACUAGAACAUUUUAGUGAAUAUAUUGUAUACUACCGAAUUUCGGGAAUGCUAUUUAUAGGUGAUACACGAGCUGAGUUGUCAUUAGUUUUUUAUGUCAUUUUGUCGAAUUAAAAUAAAUGUUCAUUUCAUUUUUAGUGUUUUUUCAAUCAGCUUUCGUUUAGGCUAGACGCAAAUUGGGACACGUAUAAAACGGGUGAGGUGAUGCAGCAAAUCACAUAGUAUUGUAACCUACAAUAGUACACUCAUUGGGUAUUUUUACUUGGCAAGUUUUCCGGGAGUUUUGAAAAUUGACAAUUUUAGGAUUUUGACGUGCUCUUACCGAAUUUAAACUUUGCCACCUCGUAUUUUUUAAAAAAUGGCGCCUAAAAGCAGUCCUUUUCGACGCAUUUUACAUGAAUAACAAAAAAUAAUUGUAGUUAAAUUUUCCUACAAUUUAUGUUCCUAAAAUCGAUAGUUUCAGCGUACGAGUGCCGUAAAGUAUAGUUCAACACACGUUUCGACAGAAAAUCUCAUUUCCACUCCACUAUGAGUUGGAGAAAACGGCGGGUUUUUGAACGUGAUAUCCUCAGUAGGCCUAAUCCACAUGUAACUUAUUUAUAACCUAACCUAACCAAAUUUAGUUCAAUCUCCGUCGCUUCAUUGUUGUUGACGGACAAAGUGUUGUGCUUCAGUACUGAUUGAAAUAUCAAAGACGGAAGUUUCUUCUGCAUAAUCGUUGAUGGGAUAAUCAGUUUCAUCGCGGUCCUCUUCGUUCUCGAUUUCGUCGUUUAUUUCGUCGAAAAUAGUGUCCGUUUCUUUUUCUUCACUGCUGUCUUGUCAUGAAACCUUCGAAUUAUCACAAGAACUGUACUGCAUCGCAUAAUCAAUCUCGCUUGAUCACGGAUCUCUUUUUUUCUUUCUUUGGUAUUUUUUCAUGCAAGAACUGUGAUAUUUUCCAUGUGCUGCGACUAAAUCAUUAACCAGCUCAAGACGUUCUGAAAUACUGUUUUUAGUCGAUAAUUUUCGCACACUAUAUACAAUAUUAAGGUUACAUAAACGAGUCUGCUUUUGCUUAGAUAGAAAAAUAACAAUGAUUCUUGAAUGAGAACGUUGGCCGCGUUGAUCGCAGUUAUACUCGAGAAAUCGUACCAUCGCUUCCCCUUCGCAAAGCUGCAUCGAUUAACUUCUCAUUAUUAUACGUUUUCGACACACAUCUUGAACCACUAUCGAUUUUAAACCCACCAAAAGUUUGUAUUUAUUGUCUUUUCUUUUUUCAUUUGAUUUACGGAAAGUAUCCUUUUUGCUUCACUUCUAUAACUUCCCUUUCUUGCAUUAUAUCACCACAAAUAAAACAGUUUAGUUCAUUAGAAGCCAUGGUUUUAUAAAUGCGGAGGAGACUGUCGAAUCUGACACACCACCAAGCGCGUGGCGUAAAAAGUACGCCUCUGCAGAAUUUUUAAUUUUCUAUAAAAAUAUUUUUUUUUCACUGUUCCAUAAGAUUUCUUUACAUCUUUGCACUUUUACGCUUAAAGGAGAGUCCAGAAAGAAAAAUAUAAAUAUUAAGAGACUUUGAUAUUUUGAAUUAGAGUAGUGGCGUAAAAAAGGCUAUUUAAGAAUCCAUUUAUUUCAAUUACAAAUAAAAGGUAUGAAAAAUUAUUUCUGGAAACAGAAUAAGAUCUACACAUCUGAUCAACGGUGUCUACGACACCUUUGGUGAUACUAUAAUCGAGUAUCAUUUCAGGCUACGUCUCUCUUUAUCAGUUUUUGCAUCAUCAUGCAUACUUGUUGUUUUUAGGGACAUGGGAGAUGAGGGACAAAUUCUUUUGAAAUCCAGCCAUAGUGGAUGAUAUUUGUUAGGCUGAAAUUCAACUGGAAUUUCCGUUUUCUUUCUUUUUUUCAAAGUUCUUAGACAACUAUUUUUUUUUUUCAAACAGCGAUCGGACUAGAGGUAUACUGCCAUACAAUUGUCUAUCGUUAUGUUUCUACCACUUCCCCAAAUUGGGGAAGAAAGACGUAGGACGAUGUCAUGAGGCUUGUUGAUAUUUGGUGUGGUCCUUCUGGUUGUUUACCACAAUAAAAUUGUGGGUGUAGAAUGUUUUUGCGUCAUACAUAGAAUAGACUUUGUAUUUACCGCGAUUAUUUGGAAUAUAUUGAAUAAAACACCAUCUACCUUUAAAUGCCUCUAAUUUCUCAUAUAUUGUAACAUAUUCUCCUGGAGAAUAACUUUUCAAACAAUUUUCCCUAAAUUUUUCCAUGACCGAGUAAGCUUAUCGGUGGCUUGUCGAUUUUGCCUUGUACCUCUUUCGUUGAAGCGAAUAUAACGUAGUAAAAACAAAAAUCUUUUGUAAGACAUAUUUGCCCUAAGAAUGCUCAAACCUAAACCAUCAUUGAUCCAUAGCUCCAAAACAUCAGUAUGGUUUUCUUUUUUUAUACCAACUAAGAACAAUAUACUAUAAAGACUGCCAGAAGUUCAACUUUUUUGUCAUUUCAUUAGAAUCUCGAUCCCGGCUGUAAUUUGCGUCCUCUUUCUUAUGCCCAAUAAAAUUAUUUGUGCAUUUUAAAAUUUAAUUGAUAAUGUCACUAUCAAAAACAUUCAUUUUUAUACUAUUGCCCUUUGCAUGAGGGAAAAAUUUUUAGAAUAUUUUCUGGCUUCUUUUUCGCAUAUUUACUUCUGCGCGGAUUUUUAUAUCACUUAGUUUCCUUCUCCUUUCUUGAAUAAAAUUCAUUUUCAUCAUCCAUAUCUUUCUCUUCUGUCUCCCUAUCAGAUAAUUCUUGUUUUGAUUCGCUGUCAUGAGCUCCUAAUUUAUAACUUCUUGCUCAUCGUCAUCUGAAUCAGAAGAAAUGGCUUCUUCAUCAUCAAGAGUCUCUUUCAGUAAUUUGGAAAUUUCUUUGUCACAAAAAUAUUGUUUUCGAUUCCUAACAACAAUAAAAAACAUAUAAGAUUAAAUAACAAGAAAUUUUAUAAGAAAAACGUACAAUUAACACCAGUUGAGAGAUUUGGGAAGAAAUUCAAAAACAGGCAUGACACGCGCGAGACAAUAACAAAGACUUGUGCAUCCGCCGAAAGCCGGGUAAGAGGUUACAUGAAGUUUCCAGAUUCAACUAAAAACAGAGCGCAGCACUGAUUCAAAAAUGUCUGGCCUACUUCGAACGCCAGCGCGCCCGCUCGAGUGUUGAAAUAAAUAUUACGCUUUAGCGUUAGGGCGCUCGUACGCCGAAGCUAUUGAUUAAAAAAAAGGUAUGACAUAAAUUGUAGGAAAUUUUCUUUACAAUUAUUUUGUAUAGGUUUUCAUUGUAAAAUGUGUUUUAAAGGAGUUAUUAUCCAAAAAAAUGAUUUUAGACGCCAUACGAGGUGGCAAAGUUGAAAUUCGAUUAGAUCACUUCAAAAUCUAUAAAAUUUCCAAUUUUCAAAACUCUUAGAAAACUUUUCAGGUAACCUCUAUUUUUUCAACCAAAUGACUGUACUAAAGAUUGAAUACAUUGACGCAAAUUGACACGCAUAAGCCAACAGGCUUGCUCCGCUGUAGUUCAGACACAGUUUGCUGUGUCACACGUGUGGGUGACUACCACUUAAUUUUUUUACGAAAAAAUCACAGAAGAAAAGUUAAUAGGGGCGGCAAGAGGGCUUUACAAUACCAAAAAUGGUCAAGAUGAAACUGUGAAAAUGGAUCAUCUCAUGUACUUCAGCAAAUUAGUUUCGAUCCAUUCGGAAAUUAUUAGCAACAUUGGUAUUACUCAUUUUAGUUGUAAUUGUAAAUUGUCUAAUGUUUUUUUCUCUUCGACAGAAUAAAUCCGAUUCUUAUUCAGAACUUAAAGUUCAAUAACAACAAUUGUCAAUUCGAUUGUCAAACAUGUCAAGGCAUUUUUUGAUGCCGGCUAAUCGCGAACUGCCAAUCAAUCAGAUCUAAUCCCUACGGUUUCCUAUUUGAAAACGCGUGUCUCAAUAUGCGGAUCACCAUGCAGCACGUGUAUCAUGUCACACCAUCUCGCACGUGCUAUACGUGUCUCAAUUUGUGUCUUGCCUAACAGUUUUUCUACGAACGUUUUGUAGCUAGUUUCGCGUUGGUGAUAGAGAACUAAAAGAUAGUAGAAUGGUGCUUAGAUAAAUCACAAUCCCAUUUACUUAUUAAGUGUUACAACCAGUGUGACUCAUAAAAAUUGUGAUUUUUGGAUUUAUUAAAGAUUAUAUCUACGCUGAGGCACUACUAGAAGAAGAAAUUAGAAAAAUAUUUUAAUGAUAAUGGUGAUUCAUGUUCAAUGAAGCAGAAUAAAAAAAGUUAAAACGAAUUUUGACUAAUUUUUAGAAUUGAUUUUAAUUUGUAGAUAUAAUUUAAACACGAAAAGAAUUCUAUGAAAAAUUUCAAUUAAAAGAUACGUAAAUAAAAAUAGUUUUCAAAGUUUUUAAUAAAACGCUUCCAAUUACCACAUGUCCACAUAUCUUAUCUAUAAACAAAUAUAUGAAAUUAUUGUUCUUGAUUGAAUUUUUAUGAAUAAAUGAAUACAAUAAGAUUAUUUCUGAAAUUCUGAUGGUGAGAAAUACGAAACACAAGGGACAGUUGGGGCAAGUGUCCAGGGCGGUAAUUUUUUUUGGGUUAUCAAAAUUGCUCAAUAUAAUUAAUUAAUUCAACUAAUUCAUUAUUUUCUGUUCAAUUGAUUAUUCAAGAAAUUCAAUUCAUUAUUUGUGAAUUAUAAUUUUGGUACUUUUAGUAAAAAUUGAUAAUCAAAAUGAUUUAAUCAAUUUAUUUUCUUGGAGAUU